CGUCAUCACACUCGACGCGCUUUCUACAAUAAUACUCGGCUAGGACUCUGAGAAUAUAAUGGGAGGUGAUGAUGGUCGGCACAGUGUUCCGGCUCGCAUCGGAAAUUGGCUGUUGGACCAGAACCUCGGUGCAGGUUACUCUGGAUCAAUAUGGCGUGCAACGAAUCCUUAUACUGGGCAGGUAGCCGCAGUCAAGGUACAGGACGUCGAUCACGAAUGUCCAACCAACAGAUAUGAACGCAACUUCUAUCCUUCUCUUCAAGGUGGAAAAGGCAUGCCUACUCUAUGGGCAGCAGGCGUUCAAGGAGAGCACGACUACCUCGUUAUUGAUCUCCUCGGAGCAUCCCUUGAUAAUCUAUAUCGCAAGAACGGGAAGAUGUUUGACCUACGAAGUACCAUCUGUAUCGCUAUGCAAGUCAUCCAACGUCUUGAAUUUAUGCACUCGAGAGGGAUCCUGCAUCGAGAUAUUCAACUCGGAAAUUGCACACUCGGGCUGGGGAGGAUGGAACGAGUCAUCUACAUGAUCGACUUCGGUUUCUCCAAACGAUACAUUGAUCCUCGUACUCGAAAGCACAUUCCCGAUAGCAGAGCGAAACGUGACUUCAUUGGCAACUAUUGGUUCUCGUCGGUCAAUGUCCACUGUCGGGGUCGAGUACCAUCCCGAAGAGACGACAUGGAAGCUCUAGCUCUCAUGCUCAUCCACGUACUCACAGAAGGUGGCCUGCCAUGGACGCGUAAUGGCGUGCCGAAAACGGACAAAGCACACGAUAUCCUCAUUCGUCAAAAACAACGCGCUAAGCCUGAAGAACUGUGUCACGGACUCCCACCUGUUUUCGAAGAUUUCUUAAGGUACUGUAGACGACUAAAGUUCUUUGAACAGCCAGACUAUAGAUAUUGGCGAGACCAGUUUGCAGACCUUGCGAGAGAGGUGGGGUAUGCUGAGCCUGAUGGAUCUGUGAAUGAUGACCUUGUUUGGCCACCUCGACCGGAUGAGGCGCCUGUACCAUACCGAACACCGGCUUCACCGCCUCGUCGUAAAGCCGAAGGAGAAGUCGACAUCUACCACAUCCUCGAAGAAAUCGCCAAAAUGCGACUAGACAACACGAAAUUGGUCAAGGAAUCGAAGCGCAAUGCCAACCUUCUUCCUGUUGGGAAAUCAAAGACGCCUCCAAUCGUUCCGAAUACGACUUCUGAUAACUCGGAGACGCCAAAGGCGGCCCGGCCUCAAGCUGACCGAGCGACGAAACAAGCAACGCUCCGGCUCCUUACACGUCGAGUGCGCGAGCAGCAAAACGAUAACAUAAAUGCAAAUACCGCUCUAGCGGAUUUGUUGAAGCGGUUUUUGGAGAUGUAUUCGUUAGGUGGAGGAGUUGGAGGGAGGAAUAGGAGUCGAGUGAUUACGAAGGAUGCGUUUGAGUUUUUGGAUGCGCUUGUUGAGCGGUUAGGUACACAAAGUCGACUCGAUAACCGCGACCGCUCCGUCCUUCCACCCUCGUCCCAACAACAACCAAGGGAAGGGAAAAUCGAAACCGUUAGAGCCCUCCGACACCGUCUCCUCUCCCUUCCUUCCAUACCCCCACUUUCCUCAAUCGAACUGUCGAGGAUAUUAGGCGAUUUUUGUGCAGCUGUACGUUCGACGACGGGGAAGACGCUUACGAAGGAUGGGGUUGCGUUCCUUGAGGGUGUUGAAGAGAGACUUAGACAGUUGGCCGUCUCUUCGUCGUGA